CCUUAUUAUCGCGCAAGUUUUUUUUCCAAAUUGACUUAUUGGUGGUUAAAUCCAUUAGUUCAGCUAGCUAGAAAAAGAAAGUUAAACUUUGAUGAUAUUUGGCAAGUUCCUUAUUCUGAUGCUUUUCAAGCAAACAAUGAAAUCUUUCAAAAAUUAUGGAAACACGAGUUAAAAGUCCAUGGUAGACAGAAAGCUUCUAUCGGGCGUGUCUUAGUUAAAGCUAUCAGAAAGCGUUUACUUUUUACCGUUCUUUUUUACUGUUUGGUUGUAGCCCUCCAGGUGACCAGUUCUUUAUUGGUUCAACAGUUAGUCAGUUAUUCAACAUCAACUUCUUCUUCUGUCCAAAUGGGUAUCAUAUUGGUAUUGAGUAUGUUCGCCUCUGAAGCUGUUAUAUCCAUGAUCUUACCAGUUUUCUGGUAUUAUAGUAUAAGAACAGGGAUCAAAAUUCGAUCUAUGGUCUUUGGAUUUGUCUUCAGUAAAAUAAUAAAAUUAAAGUCGGUCAAUUCUAGUUCCGUGGGUCAGUUGAUUAAUCUCUGCGCCAACGAUGCCCAGCGUAUCUUUGAAUCAGCUGCGAUGCUUGGAAUAUGCUUGGCUAUCCCAAUAACUAUGAUUUCAGUAUUUGCCGUCAUGAUUUACUUAAUUGGACCGGUUUCUCUGGUAGCAGCAUUAAUCUUUCUAAUUUUCUAUGGAGUUAUGGCAAUAAUGGCAAAAGCAAUCAAACAACUACGUAAAAAAUCAAUUGUAUCUACCGACCGCCGCGUUCGGCAAUUGAAUGAAAUGUUACGUUGCAUUAAAUUGAUCAAGCUCUUCGCCUGGGAGAAUCACUUUGAAGCUGUCCUAAAUAGGUUACGAAUGAAGGAAAGAGCUCAUCUUGAGAAAGUGUCUUAUAUCCAAAGUUUUAAUAUCUCCUAUCUGACUUUAGUGCCAACUAUAUCAUCUAUAGUCUUAUUUACAGUUAGUGCUUUAUCGGGCAUCAAUAUUGGCAUAGCAGAGGUAUAUACUUGUAUUGCGCUACUUAAUGUUUUGCGUAUUGUCAUAAGUAUAUUUCCUCUAAUGAUAAGACAAUGGAUGGAGUCCGUUGUGGCUGUAAAACGAAUGAAGGAACUGCUUUUAAUGGAAGAAGUAAAGCCAAGAAUGGAUAUACCGGUAGGAAUACAUAAUGCUAUUGCAAUGGAAAGAGCAUCAUUUAGCUGGAAAUUGGUAAACGAAAUGAUAACAAGACCAGCUGUAACUACUUCAAUUUUAAACUAUACAUUAGAUUUUUAUUUAGCCUUGCUAAAACAUACAGAAUUUAUCCUGAAGGAUAUUAAUUUAACCCUUAAGAAGGUAUCAUUAAUAAAGAUGAAAUUUGGCCAAUUAAUUGGUGUUUGUGGGCGCAUUGGCAGUGGAAAAUCAUCGCUAAUUUCUGCUAUUUUAGGAGAAAUGAAUCAGUUAUCAGGCAAUGUAGCAUUAGAAGAUUCAAUCGCCCUAGUAUCGCAACAAGCUUGGAUAUUCAAUGCUACAUUAAAGGAAAAUGUAGUUUUUGGUUCUGACUUCGAUAAAAAUAGAUAUUUGCAAGCUAUGACGUGUUGCGUAUUAAUGGAUGACUUAACUACACUACCUAACGGGGACGAAACUUUGAUUGGUGAUAGAGGCAUUAAUCUAAGUGGUGGCCAAAAGCAACGUGUUAGCCUAGCUAGAGCAGUUUACGCAGAGAAAGAAAUUUAUUUACUAGAUGAUCCUCUCAGCGCUGUUGAUGUGGAUGUUGGUAAACAUAUCUUCAAUUGGUGUAUUAGAGGCGUACUGAAAGGGAAAUCCAUUUUAUUUAUAACACACCAAUUGCAAUAUUUACGCUGGUGCGAUUCUGUUAUAAUGAUGCAAGACGGUCAAAUUGUCGCUCAUGAUAAUCACGAAGAUUUGCUAGCUAAUUCCAAAAAUGAUUGCCUCAAUGGCUGCAUAUUAUUUCAACUAUUAAAUUUAUCAACUCUUGAUGAAAAGGUAUAUAACGACUUUAUCAGCAAUUUAAAAGACGAGGAAGAAAAAAAUGCGAUUGAAGAUGCAAAGAAAAUCAAGACUACUAUUCCGCGCAACGAAACAGUACAGGUGAAUGAAAAUGAAGAAUCUAGCGCAGUUACAUGCAAAACGAUUUCAAGUUACUUUGAUGCCACUGGAGGAAAAUUCGUAGUUUUAUUAGUUAUCUUUGUUUAUGGAACUGGGGUAGCUAUGCGGGUAUUUUCAGACUGGUGGCUUUCACAGUGGAUCAGUAACGGCUUCGGUAACAAUGACAGUCAAACAAAUCAAAGCUUAGGCCUAUAUACAAACUCUAAUCAUUCAACAUUCUUUAAUACUAAUGCAACCAUUUAUGGGUCUUCUGCCUUGGCAAUAAUGCUAGCGUAUGCUAUACGUGCUUUUAUAAUCUCCAAAGUUACUCUUCGAGCUUCUUCUGAGUUAUGUGCAAAGGCAUUGUAUAAGAUUAUUAGAUGCCCUAUGAGUUUCUUCGAUACUACUCCUAGUGGUAGAAUCCUCAAUCGAUUUUCUAGAGAUAUUGAUGAAAUUGACACACAACUCCCGAUGUUUAUUGAUAAUGGGCUAUUGUUGAUAUUAACAAUACUAGCAUCGCUAAUAAUCAUAGUGGUAUCAUAUCCAUGGGCAAUUCUUGCAAUUAUCCCUUUGAUGAUAGCGAUAGGGUUAAUUGCUGUUAUAUUCAAUCAAGUUUUAAGAGAGUUGAAGAGACUUGAUAAUAUUAGCCGUUCUCCAGUUCUGUCACACUUAACGGCAACUGUUGAAGGGUUAUCAGUCAUCCAUGCUCAUAAUAAAUCUCAAGAAUACCUUGCAAAAUUUGAAAAGCUGCUAAAUAAGAACACAUCCUGUUUUAUGGCUUUCUGUUAUUUAAACCGGUGGUUUGCUCAACGAAUUAACUGGAUCGUGGUUGGUCUUGUGACUGUAUGCUCAGCUCUAGUGGUUAUCGAACGUGGUCUUACUUCUUCCGCUUAUUCGGGCCUCGCACUAGUAUACGUUUUGCAAAUAAAAGGUCUUCUACAGUUUUCAAUAAGAAAUAUUCUGCAAGUAAGCGCCAGGUUAACUGCUGUUGAACGAUUGCGAGAGUAUUCUAAGGAGUUGCCAAUAGAAAACCAACUUAAUAAUGAUUACCAAGUGAAGGUUUCUGUAGAUAAAAAGUGGGCAUUAGAUCAUGGCAAAAUUGAAUUCGCCGAUAUGCGAUAUCGUCCUGGUCUUCCUGUAGUAUUGAACCUCAGCUUUACGAUAAAUCCUGGUGAAAGAAUUGGAAUUGUAGGAAGGACCGGAAGUGGAAAAACUUCAAUAGGUACUUGCCUGUUUCGUCUUGUAGAAAUAUGUAGUGGUUCAAUUUUGAUUGAUAAUCGGGAUAUAAAAUCUAUAGAUAUUUACAGCCUGCGAUCUAAUAUGGCUAUGAUUCCACAAGAUCCAUAUUUAUUUGAAGGCACUGUCAGAAAAAAUCUUGAUCCACUUGAUUAUUACGAAGACGAAAAAUUAUGGGCUACUCUUGAAAAAGUACAGCUUAAAGAGAAGAUCGCCAAUGAGCCUGAUCAAUUACAGAAAAUUGUUCAAGCUAACGGAACAAACUUUUCAAUGGGAGAAAGACAACUGCUAUGUUUAGCUAGAGCUCUAUUAAAAGAAUCGAAGAUUUUAUUAUUAGAUGAAGCUACAGCAUAUAUGGAUACUAGAACGGAUGAGAUUAUGCAACAAAAUUUAAGGAAAGAAUUUAGUCACAGUACGGUACUAAUAAUAGCCCAUAGGCUUAAUACGAUUCAGUCGUGCGACAAAAUUAUGGUGCUGCAUGACGGAAAGAUUAUCGAAUUCGAUACUCCGUCUAAGUUAAUGGAAAAUCCCAGAUCGGUAUUCAAAGGAAUGGUUGCGAAAGGAGGAAUUGAUUACGCAUUCGAAUGA